GCGUAGCGGAUUUUCCAGCUGUCAACUCAGUUAUUCCGCUAACGCAUGCGUAUUACAACCGUCGCGCCGCUACUAUCGAGUAUCGGGUCUAACAGUGUAAAAAUGGCGGAAAACGAUAUAGAUCUUUACGCUGAUGAUAUUGAUCAAGAUUUUGCUCAAGAUGAAUAUACGGGAGAAAAUGUGGAUUUGUAUGAUGACGUUAUCGCCACAGCCACUGGAAACAAUUCUGAGAGUAAUGAUACAAAAUUUGAUGCUUCUGAAAGUACAAAUGGUACUGUAGUGCCUACUGUAACUCAUAAUACUUCAGGGAGGAGGCAUCAGUUAUAUGUUGGAAAUCUUACUUGGUGGACUACAGAUCAAGAUAUUGCAAAUGCUGUGCAUAGCAUUGGGGUCAAUGACUUCCAUGAAGUUAAAUUUUUCGAGCACAGACCCAAUGGACAAUCCAAAGGGUUUUGCGUCAUUUCUCUGGGCUCUGAAACUAGUAUGCGAAAAUGCCUGGAACUUUUGCCCAAGAAAGAGCUUAAUGGACAAAACCCACAUGUUACACCCACCACCAAACAGGCUUUAUCCAACUUUGAGGCCCAAUCAAAAACGCGCCCAUCGCCUACCAAUAACCAAAAUUCACGGCCUCCUCAUCCUGGCAACCAGAACCAUCAGGGUCCGAUGCAAAAUUUUCAAAACAGAAUGCCCAUGAAUCAAGGUCCUAUGAGAGGACCACCUAUGGGUCCACCUGGCAUGCCCGGAGGUCCAAGAAUGCAAGGCCCACCUGGCUACAAUGGUCCCCCAAAUAUGCAACAAGCACCACCCAGGUUCCAGGGACAACCCCAGUGGAAUGGCCCUCCAAGACCAAAUGGACCAGGACCCAACAUGGGUCCAAUGAGACCUGGUGGACCUCCACCUGGGCCUCAAGGACCACCACGACCGAUGUUUCAAGGACCUCCCCAAGGACAACCGCCUCGAAUGCCCCAACAAGGACCACCACAAGGUCCGCCCGGAAUGCGUCCGGACUGGAACCGGCCGCCUAUGCAACAAGGGUUCCCCCAAGGGCCACCCCCGAUGCAAGGCCCUCCUCGAGGACCACCUCCGAUGCAGGGACCUCCUGGAGUGGUUCCUCCGCCUGGUCCACCGCAGGGACCCGCGCCCCACGUCAAUCCUGCCUUCUUCCCGCCGACCGGUGGCCCUCCGCCGAUGCAAAUGGGCGGACCCGGGCCGGGGCCGGUGAUGCAACAAGGACCGCCGCACGGACCACCCCAUGGGCCACCGAUGGGACCGCAACAACCACCGCCCCACGGCCCUCACGGCUACGGCCCGCCAUCGAAUAUGUCGCAGCCUCCUUAUGGUGGGCCGCCGCCGGAUCAUAGACCUGACAUACCUCCUAUCAGUGAACAAGAAUUCGAGGAUAUUAUGUCAAGAAACAGGACUGUAUCGUCAUCGGCGAUCGCGCGUGCUGUAUCUGACGCAGCGGCCGGCGAAUACGCGAGCGCCAUCGAAACUUUGGUCACCGCCAUUUCGCUGAUUAAACAGUCAAAGGUUGCGAACGAUGACAGAUGCAAGAUCUUGAUCAGCUCAUUACAGGACACCUUAAGGGGGGUAGAGGACAAGAGUUACAGUUCUUCCCGUAGGGAUCGGUCCAGGUCCAGGGACAGGGCGCACAGGAGAGGAAGACGCGACAGAUCUUCGUCCAGAUAUCGUGAAAGAAGUAGGGAACGUGAACGUGACAGAGAUCGGGAGAGGGAACGCGAAAGGGACCGAUACUAUUCAGACAGUUACAGGGAGAGAGAUAGAGAAAGGGAGAGGUCCCGGAGCCGCGGCGAAAGAGAAAGAGUGGAUAGGGAACGCGAACGGGAUUAUAGAGAUCGCGAGACCGAGGAGGUGCGUGCGUCGAGGCCAAGGAACAAAUCUCCAGUGGAGGCGCCGGAAGCCAGCGGGGACGCGGCUUCCUCGAAAUCCCGCUACUAUGAGGAGCGCUCUUACAGGGACCGCGAGAGGGAAAGAGAACGAGAAUCCGGCCGGACCCGCGAAAACGAUAGAGACAGAGAACGGGAGAGAGACAGACGCGAGGAAUCUCACCGUUCCAGACACUAGCACUAAAAAAAACAUCUCUCGUCUCGUUCUUUUUCAUUCAAUUAUUUUCUUUUCAUUUUUUUUUCAUUUAACUAUCAAUAGUUAUGCAGUAAUUAAGAAUUUAUAUAAUAAUUAUGCUUAUUAUGUAUCUAAUCCAGUAAGAAUGGUUGUGCACCAUUGGUGUUUUAAAGUUUUUCAUUUAUGUUCGAGUUUAAACUUACUGGUGUAACUUGUAGUAGUCUUUUAAAUCAGAGUGCAACAAAUAUGCAUUUUAACAUUAGAUUUUAGUUGAAACCGUUCACCUAAAAAUUUUAGCAACUCGGAAAGCAGAUUGGAUUCCCCAUGAAGAAAGAAGAUUGAAAGAAGAAUGUAUGUUACGGAUUAAAAAUUAUUGCAAAAUA